AUGGAGAACAAUCGACCUCCGUGUCAAAAUUCGCCUCCUAACCCCCCUUCAUUGUUGGAUUAUUACGGCCUGAUCGACGACAACUGCCCAUCGGAGAACGACUCCUCAGUUCGGACGCUAGAACUCGAAGAUGCUCUUUCCCACCUCGGCCUCUAUGCGCCGCCGUCUCAUUGCCAACGGCCACUUACUCCGCCGGGUUUCAGCGGCCAGAAACGUUCUGACCGCGGAAACGCACCGAUUGAUAAUUCAAACGGCGACAAGGGUAAGUUUGGAACUACCCACAACCCUCUUUCUUCAAAAUCCAAUGCGAAUAAAUUGCAGAGUUUAUGGUGGAGUCCACACCGAUGUGUGAUAGAGAAAGGUCCUGAAGCAUCAUGUGGCGGUGUUCCAAGUGCAAUUAAUAAUUUUUCUAUGCAUGGCCAGAUGAUGGGUUUCGGUGGGUCCCACAGAAAUCCGACCGUGGGGCCGGGGAGCAACAAUUAUGUGAUGAAUUCUUCUUCUGGGUCUUUCUUGCAACCCAAGAAACGAUCAAGAAAUCAACCCAAUUCCCAGCUUCCAAUUGUACCCUCCUCUAAUGAACAUGGGAAUGAGUUUGAUGAUUUAAGUCCUAUUUUGCAUUUACCUCAAUUGACCCCUUUUGUGGAUUCCCUAUCCUUGGGAGAUUUGAGGGGUCAGAUAUUCUAUUUGUCGAAAAAUGCCUACGGGAGUCAUUUGCUGAAGAAAUUGAUCAUGAAGGACCCAAAAGAGGAUGAAAUUGAGAUGGUGUUAUCUGAUAUGAUAAACCAUGUUAGUAAAUUGAUGAGGGACCGAUACGGGAAUUACGUCAUUCAGGAGAUUUUCAAGGUUUGCAAUGAAAAACAGAGGACUCGAAUCAUGGCAUCGCUCACCCAGUCUCGAUCUCAGUUCAUCAAGAUAUGCCAUAAUCAGUACGGAGCUCGAGCUGUACUGGUGUUGUUGGAUCACAUUAGUAGCCAACAGCAGAUAUCCUUAUUUAUGUCAGCUCUAAGCCCUGGUGCUGCAGCAUUAGCCAAUGACCCAAAUGGUCAUUUUAUAAUCCGGCAUUGUGUGCAAAAUUUCUCUGGUGAAGAUAAUAAGUGUCUUAUCAAUGAGAUGGCGAUACAUUGCUUAAAGGUUGCAACCGAUCCGAAUGGGUCCCGCGUGCUGCAGUCAUGCUUGUUGCAGUAUCAGGGAGAAUAUAGAGUGCACCUUUUUGCUGAGAUAAUAGCAAAUGCUCUUCACCUAGCAGAAGAUCGUCACGGCAACUUUGUGGUGCAACUUCUACUGGAACUGGGGAUAGCUGAAGUCACUGAGAAUCUCCUGAGGCAGCUUGGAGGGAGUUAUUUGGCUUUGUCCCGGAAGAAGUUUUCUAGUUGUGUUGUGGAGAGAUGUUUGAGAAAAGCAGGAGAAGAGCAAGCCUCAUGGAUUAUCCUAGAGCUGCUUACGAGUCCAAAUGUUUGUGCUCUUUUAGUUGAUCCUUUUGGAAACUUCGUCAUUCAGACAGCAUUGGAAGUGUCUCAGGGGGUAAUCCGCAGGGCUUUGUUCAACCUAGUCCAACUGAAUGCUCAUGUUAUGCGCUCCAAUCUUUUCGGGAAAAGGGUCCUAGCACUCUUCAACGAUUUGAAGCUGCAGCAUGAUUUGCCAUUCGAGAGUAAGACACUGCUCUAAGGUAUCCAAUUUCUCAACCGCUGAUGUUUGUGGGACUUGGUCAAGUCGUGUGUGUUUGUCUGUCAUUGGUGAUGCAUCGAUAUCUGGUGUAGAUGUGUAGUUUUGGAAAUUUGUGAUUUGUUGUUCAUUACUGUACUCCCUACGUUCAUUUGGGUAAAGGAAUUAUGCUUCCAAACAUUGCCUUGUAAUGUAUGCAGAGAGACCCUGGGAACCUGUAAUGCACUUUUGCACUAUAGGGGUGCACUCUAUGUACUGCUCGGAUUUCCUAUAAUGUUCAAAUUACGCACUA